AUGGCUCUCCUCCAGGUCUUGAUGUGGUUGGUUCUCCCGACUCGGGCUCUCCUCUCCGGUUUGGACCACUGUGGCGUUCAUGACAGCAGCAGCAGCAGCUCAAACAACAUGUCGCCCUGGCUGCGGUCCUUACAAUGCCACAAUGACUACAAGACCCAUGUGGACUGCAGAUGGAAAAAAACGACCAACGCGACUCUGCAGGUCUGGCUGAGACGAAACGAUGGAAGCAGUGAGCUCUGUGUGCCUUUUAAAGACGAAAAAACAACAGAGGACGGAGUCGCCCAGUGCAGAUAUGAAACGCUUGUGCUUGGCAUGGGAGUCAGCCAUACCGUCUUCUUUGUGAACAACCAGACAACGAGCCUCUGCUCGUCUUCCAAACACACGUCUCUGGAUCUCGUUCAGCACCUGAGGGCACGUCCGCCUGGCGGUCUGACUGCGUCUGAGGACAGCGAUGGCAGCUACCGGCUGAAGUGGUCCAGUCCGUAUCCUCCAUCGUCCUCCCUGAACCAGAACCUCUCGUAUCAGCUCAGCUUCAGGACGCAGGUCGAGGACGGGUGGACUACAGAGGCUGUCGCAGACACCAGCGUGAAACUGGAGCGGCAGAAGCUGCUUCCCGGCCGUAGAUACGAAGCCAGAGUGAGAGCCAGGGCCGGCGUGGGUCGGUGGAGCGAAUGGAGUCCUGUGGCCAGCUGGAGAACUGGAGAUGUUCCCUCUUUGGACUGUGUUCUGGACGGAGAGAAGGAAGUGACGUGUAGCUGGGAGGUGAGCAGAGAGCUGGCGUAUCUCGUCACCUACCAGCUGACCUGUCGGCACGACCCGACAGCGCAGUUUGAGGGAUGUUGCAGGAACCCAGCUGUGAGUUCUGACCCCAGAGGGACGGAAGUGAGGUACAGCUGCCGUCUCACCGAUGUGGACCCUGAGCGUCUGCAGCUGAAGCUCAAGCCGGCACACAACGCUAAGACUUUUGAAGCGUACAAACACAUCCGUACCAAUUCACCAGUGCAGGUGAAAGUGAGGGAGAAGAACGGUGACUGGGUGGUGGAGUGGUCUCCACCCGCUGCGGCGGCUACAGAGCUGUUGUACCAGGUCUUGUAUUACAGGACCAUGGGUCAGGGAUCCCCGGAGCUGCUGAACAUUUCCAAGGGGUCCAUGCAGGUGAGCAUCCUGGGAACGUCACUGGUGCCGCUCCAGGACUACGAGGUGAAAGUGAGGUCACUGGUUGCCCCUGGACAAGGUUCUACCUACGAAGGAAUCCCCUCAGAAUGGUCUGAACCUGCGAACUGGACCUCAAAUAAAGCCACCUGGUCCGUCUCCAGACUGAUUUAUGUCAUCUGUGGCGUGAUUGCAGCCACUGUCUUUCUGAUUCUGUACCACACUUUUCCAGUUUGCCGGAAGGAAGUUGUGAUGUGGGAGGACUCAGUUCCCUCUCCAGGCAAAAGCAAGAUCCUGUCUGAGAUCAAGUCUCACUCGUCCCCGACCCUCAUGCAGAGCGAGAAGACGUCCAUUUGUAGCGUGCAGCACCUCGACCGCGUAUCGACCUGCUCCUCAGAAGCCCUGCUUUGGCCAACCACGGGCACUGAGACGACGUGCGCCGAUCAGAGCAGGAGUUGCUGGAACAGUGAUGACCUCCCCUCCCCUCUUUAUAAAGAUCAUGACUUGGACACGUCGUCCAUGAGCUUCAGCGGGCCGUACAUCUUUUGUCAGGGAUCGGGACAAAUGUCGAUGGAGGUCCAGCAGGAAAAAGUCCGCGAAACAAAACCGGAUGUAGCUGUGCCUCUCUUCCCGGCGCCAUGUUCUCUCCGAGACAAAGAUUACGUGUGUCUCCCCAACCGCUCUCUCUCUCGGUCCACAGAGGACCUCACGUCCCACUGCGGCUCGGGCCCGAAGUGGUACGACAGUCCUGAGCAGGACCAGCAGCACUUGGACGCCACACCGCGGCCUGCUCAGGCUGACAGCCGGUCCGGCUUCGGAGAACCCGCCGUGAGAGGUCAACCGCCUGAUUACACGGCAGGGCCGCUCCCCUCCUGGCCUCAAGAGGGCGCCAACUCGGGAUACUGCCGGCUCCCAACACCCUUCACUGUGACGUCACAGUGAAGAGCCGCAUGCAAGAAAAAGUGAUUGACUUUUUUUAUGCUUCUACUUUAUUUUAAGCUUUUCAAGCUAUUAGAGGGGGAACAAGUAUCUUGUUGUCGUUGCACAUGUUUAUCUCACAGGGUAAAUAAAGUGUUUCAUAUCUACAAAUAUUCCAGGUAAUAUUCCAC